CUCCUUAUGUGCACAUAGUAUCUGACCUGACCUGGACCCACGGUGUCUAUUUUGAACUCUGACUCGUGAGCCUCGUAUGUUGUGCAAUAUCGCGCUGGUGUUUUUAAACCUGUGUGAAGGGCAUAUGAGGCAAAGGAUGCCUGUUACACUAUUGGAUAGGAAGUUUUGAGUGGUUUUAAACGUUUUAUUUGCCUGGAAUUUUCUGUGGAGUUUGUGUUGCAGGAUGAUCGACCACUUAGACAAGAUGUUUAAAGGAGAGGAGUGGAACAUUUCUUUUGCUGGCUGUGGCUUCAGUAGUCUUUAUUACCUGGGAGCCUUGAGCUGUAUUCUGGAGCACGCGCCGCAUCUGGUUCGCCGUGCGUCGAAGAUCGGUGGCGCGUCUUCGGGUUGUUUAGUCGCAGCCAGUCUCGUGGUUGGAAUUCCCAUUGAGACCUGCUGUGAGUAUGUGAUGUCCAUGGCUCUAGCGGCGCGCAGGCACCAGCUCAGCGUCCUCCACCCGGCGUUCAGCCUCCUGGGGGGGGUGCAGGACUCCUUGCUCCGCUACCUGCCCCCCGAUGCCCACCUCUGGGCCUCCGGGAGGCUCUGCGUGUCCCUCACCAGGCUCUCCGACGGAGAGAACCUUCUGGUCACAGAGUUUGACAACAGGGAGGAACUCAUUCAGGUACUCCUGUGUAGUUGCUUCUUCCCCCUGUAUUGUGGCGUGACCCCUCCAUCGUACCGUGGAGUGCGCUACAUGGACGGGGCCCUGAGCAACAACAUGCCGCUGCACGACCAGAGGAACACCAUCACCGUGUCCCCGUUCUGCGGGGAGGCGGACAUCUGCCCCCGGGAGGGCGGCCUGGGCGUGCUGGCCGUGCACUACGGUAACCUGGGCAUCCGGGUCAGCCAGCUCAACGUGAAGCGCAUCUACAGGUCCUUCUUCCCCCCGGAGCCGGCGGAGUUGGCAGAGAUGAGUCACAAUGGCUACAUGGAUGCUCUUCGUUUCUUGAGAAGAAAUGAUCACCUUGGAGCGGAAUACUUAUCUUGGUCUAUGCCGAUGGCGAAACCCCCAACCAAACCAGUGUGCUGUGCUGGACAGACACCAGAAAAGGACAGCCAGGUGUCAAAGGUGUCGCAGCCGGAGUCCCACUGGUGGCUGGAGCAGAACGCAGCCCAAAGCCUGCCAGCAAGCAUCCAAAAGGUGCUGUGUAAGGCGUGUAGAGAGAGCCAUUAUGCUGGCAGUGCUGGCAGUCAGGGGAUGGCGCCCCCUCUGGUCAGACUGUUGUGCUUCCUGCUGAUUCCCUUCACGUGGUCGGUGGAGCUGAUCGUCUCACUCAUCAGUGUGAUGAUGUUAGGCUGGAAAUUGAUGUGCAGUCUGAUGUCGUCUGGAACGAAAACACCAAAAGAUCUGGGGCCACGGGAGCAUGCAUGGCAGACGUUUUGCUCCAGACCCGAGCCGCCGCCUUCCCCUGGAGCUGAGGAUAUUGGGUCGCACUGACAGCAGGAAAGAAACUUCAAUACCUGCACCCUCUCCAAGGACCUCAACAUCCUUUCGCUACUGGACCAAGCACCUUGAAAGUAAAACAUACUCUAUUCAACUAAACGUAGAGUUCAGCCUUAACUAACUGUAAUAGGGCCCAUGCAUCAUUUCAAAUAAAAUGUACUGGGCUAACCACAUGUUGUGGAUAAUAUAAAUGUGGAGACAACUUCAGCCACAUUUUCCAGGGGAUCCAUUAGUUACUUAAAUGUAUGAUUGGGAGAAGUACUGAUAAAUAUGGGUUCAUUCAUCUAUUGUUGGUUGCUUAAAGCCUAUCCACAACCCUGUGGAUUUUGGGCAAGUCAUUUUAACAAUAUAUUUUAUACAAUAUCUUGUUUUACUUGUAAUUAUUAUUUACAGAAACAAGAAUGUCAUUUCAACUUCUUCCAAAUAAAACCAGAUUGCAUGAGUGUAAAAUACAAAUAUCAAGGCUUACAUCAAAAUGUAGAAAAACAUCAUUCAGAUAUUUUAAUGCACAUUUUGAUAUACUUUGUGAAUGACAAUUUCUAAACCGAUUUAAAAAAAACAUUAAAAUAGCACCAAAUUGAGUUGAUAACGGGCCAUAGAAAUUCUGCAAGUGAAAUCACAACCAUGUCUGUCCUUUGACCUGGCUUGGGCUUUCCCAUUCAGAAUAUACUCAAUGACAAACCAAUUCUAGCCCUACUACUCCUUUGCUGCCAUCUAAAGGUUAGGCAGCUAUAGUAAAACACAGGUCCGCCUACACCAGUUCAUGCUUUGCUGUUACCUUAAUGUAUAAAAUAUAUACAACGAUUAUUUGACAGUGUACCCCGGUUCAUUGAUAUUACCUUUAACAUCUAAAUGGCAGCAGAUAAGUAGUAGUUGGUCUUCGUAGGCCUCAACACAACAACACCAGCAGGCUCAUACUAAUUCCCGCUGGGCUAUUUCCAGUCAUUCAAUUGUAAAAAGUUCUAAGUAAUAAGAAGGCAUUUCUACUGCCUAUACAGUAGACAUGAUCGGCCACACCUACUGCAUCACAGUGCAGUAAUGUACAGUACAAUAAAAUAAAACCGAUUCAACUUGUGACCUUCAAGCAUCAUUUUCAUAGUCCCUGAUUUCACACUUAAAAAAAAAAAAACCGACUGCCAUGAACAAAGUGUGUACACAGGACACAAC